CCGCCACGCGAGCCAUGAAAAUGCACUUCUGCAUCCCGGUGUCCCAGCAGCGGCCAGACGCGCUGGGGGGCCGCUACACGCUGUACUCGGUGUACCUGGACGGGUUCCUCUUCUGCAGGGUGCGCUACAGCCAGCUGCAUCGCUGGAACGAACAGCUGAGACGGGUCUUUGGAAAUUGCCUGCCACCCUUUCCACCAAAGUACUAUCUCGCAAUGACCACAUCUAUGGCUAAUGAGAGAAGGGACCAGUUGGAACAGUAUUUGCAAAAUGUAACCGGGGACCCAAACAUGUUGAGAAGCGAUGUCUUCAUUGAUUUUUUAAAACUGGUACAGCUGGACACGUUUAGCAUCGUUACCAAGAAAGCCUCUCUGGACAUAUUUCUGCCCAAUGGAAGGAGCAUUCAGGUUGAAAUCCUAACAUCAGACACUGCUGAAAGAGUCCUAGAGGUGGUGUCACACAAAAUUGGAUUGUGUCGGGAGCUCUUGGGCUACUUUGGCCUCUUUCUCAUUCGGUUUUGCAAGGAGGGCACCCUCUCCGUCAUGAAAAAAUUGGCAGACUUUGAACUCCCUUAUGUGAGUCUUCGAAGCUCUGAAGUGGAAAACUGCAAGGUCGGACUCAGGAAGUGGUACAUGGACCCAUCCCUCGACUCCAUGCUGAUGGACUGCAGAGCCGCUGUAAAUCUGAUCUACAUGCAGGCACUACAGGACAUUCAGAAAGAAUGGGCCAAGCCCACACAGGCACAGAGGCAGAAAUUAGAGGCUCUUCAGAGAGAAGACAACCAAACGGAGUUUCUGGAGCUGUCCCGCGAGGUCCGGCACUAUGGAUACCUGCAGCUGGAUCCCUGUACCUGUGACUACCCGGAACCAGGCUGUGGGGCCGUUCUUUCUGUCGGCAAUAACGAGAUCAGCUGCUGCGUCACCCUGCCCGACAGCCAGACCCAGGACAUCAUCUUCCAGAUGAGCAGAGUGAAGUGCUGGCAGGUCACUUUCCUUGGGACUCUGCUGGAUAUGGAUGGGCCCCAGCGAACUCUCAACCAGAAUUUGGAGCUCAGAUUUCAGUAUAGCGAGGAGAGCCACUGGCAGUGGUUUGUGAUUUACACCAAGCAGGCUUUUUUGCUGAGUAGCUGCUUGAAAAAAAUGAUCUCAGAAAAGAUGGUAAAGCUCGCGGCAGAGAAUCCAGAAAUGCAGAUUGAAGUUCCGGAAAAAGGAAAAAGUAAGAAAUACAACAUUCAACAAAGCUCACAGAAAGACUAUUCUAGUUUUCUACCAAGAAUAAGCAAGAUUAAGAUAGCUGAAGGUGACUGUGUUUUGGGGACCAUCAAGGAAGAAGGUCUUUGAAGAGAAAGUCUCACUUUUUAAAAUGUCCUCUAAGGCUGUCCUGACAGUGCUUAAUGGUUAAAAGUGAGAUUCUUACCGUCAAUGAAGAAAGUUGACUCUUUCCUAUUUUUGUGACAUUAAGAUGGACCCUAUUCAUCAACACUACUUCAGAACUUUGUUAAACUCGAGAUGAAAAAGAAAUACGAGCCAAAGUUACACAGUUUGUUUUGGCCUCAUUAAUGACCGGUGGCAAAUCCAAAUCAAUUAGUAUGAAGCUCGUUCUCCAACCCCCUCCCUCCCCAUUGAUGUUUACCUGGCUCCAUGAAGUCUUUUGUAUGUUCUGAAGAUAUGACUCCUCAGCUGAGGAAAAUGUGGCUCUAAGAAGUGGAAAUCUGGAUUUCUCCGAUGUGUCCACAGCACCAGAGCAAGGAGGGGAUGAAAUACUGAUUUGUUUCCUUACAUAAUUCUGAGCUUAUCAAAUGUGAAUGCAUGCAAAGUAAUAGGUUUCCUAGUUCUGUGUUUCUCUACUCUUGCAAUUGUAUUCUGUCCUUAGAAUACUAAAUUCAGUUCAGUAGUCAUUAUCUAUUUUGAAUAUUUUUAUUUUGGGAAUCAAUGGGU